UUGUGGUGCGGAGCCCUCAGCUGAACGGGGCUGCUCCGCUGCCGGCAGAAAUAAUAGACAAUUACAGCCGGGAGAGACGCGAGGCGCGAAGGAGCUCUUCCCUCGCCCGCCCCCGCCCCGCUCCUUCCCUCGCCUCUCUCCCGCGGUCUCCCUCUCCGUCUCUCUUCCCCUCACUCCGGGUCCCUCGCACCCGCGCGCUGGCACGCUCGCGCUCCCGCUCCCUCGGCCAAUUACAAUAUUCAUCAGCCGCCAGAGAGCCGGGCUGCCCGUCUCGUUCGGGCGAGCGUGUGUGUGUGUGUGCGCGCGCGCGCUUUCCCCCUGGCUGACUCUCCCUCUCCUUCUGUCUAACCAGCAGGGGGAAAAGAAGAGAGGGGGCUCGAGUGUCAUCGCCUUUGCGACCGAGGUCCCAGGAUUCUUGAGCUGUGCCCAGCUGACAAGCUUUUGAAGAUGGCACAAUAACAGUUCAGUGAUGCCUGACCAUGACAGCACAGCCCUCUUAAGCAGGCAAACCAAGAGAAGAAGAGUUGACAUUGGAGUGAAAAGGACGGUAGGGACAGCAUCUGCAUUUUUUGCAAAGGCAAGAGCGUCAUUUUUUAGUGCCAUGAAUCCCCAAGGUUCAGAGCAGGAUGUUGAGUAUUCAGUGGUGCAGCAUGCAGAUGGGGAAAAGUCAAAUGUGCUCCGCAAGCUGCUGAAGAGGGCAAACUCAUAUGAAGAUGCCAUGAUGCCUUUUCCAGGAGCAACUAUAAUUUCCCAGCUGUUGAAAAAUAACAUGAACAAAAAUGGUGGCACAGAGCCCAGUUUUCAAGCCAGUGGUCUCUCCAGCACAGGCUCCGAAGUACAUCAGGAGGAUGUGUGCAGCAACUCUUCAAGAGACAGCCCCCAAGAGUGUCUUUCCCCUUUUGGCAGGCCUACGAUAAGUCAGUUCGAUAUGGAUCGGUUAUGCGAUGAGCACCUGAGAGCGAAGCGUGCCCGGGUUGAGAAUAUCAUUCGGGGGAUGAGCCAUUCCCCAAGUGUGGCAUUAAGGGGCAAUGAAAAUGAAAGAGAAAUGGCUCCACAGUCUGUGAGUCCCCGAGAAAGUUACAGGGAAAAUAAACGCAAGCAAAAGCUGCCUCAACAGCAGCAGCAGAGUUUCCAGCAGCUGGUUUCAGCUAGGAAAGAACAGAAGCGAGAGGAGCGCAGACAGCUGAAACAGCAGCUGGAGGACAUGCAGAAACAGCUGCGCCAGCUGCAAGAAAAGUUCUACCAAAUCUACGACAGCACAGAUUCUGAAAAUGAUGAAGAUGCCGGUAACCUGUCUGAAGAUAGUCUGCGUUCAGAAAUGCUGGAUGCCAGAGCGAGAGAUUCUGUGGGCAGAUCAGAUAAUGAAAUGUGUGAGUUAGAUCCAGGGCAGUUCAUUGAUCGUGCAAGGGCUCUGAUCAGGGAACAGGAGAUAGCUGAAAACAAACCCAGAAAAGAUGGUCCAAAAGAUAAAGAGCAUGGGCCAAACUCUUUUCACCCAGAAGGCAAACAUCUGGCUGAGACGUUGAAGCAGGAACUGAACACUGCUAUGUCUCAGGUUGUGGACACAGUGGUCAAGGUUUUCUCUUCUAAACCUGCCCGCCAACUUCCUCAGGUCUUCCCGCCUCUUCAGAUUCCCCAAGCAAGAUUUGCCGUGAAUGGGGAAAACCACAACUUCCACACAGCCAACCAGCGGCUCCAGUGUUUUGGUGAUGUCAUCAUUCCAAACCCGCUAGACACCUUUGGGAAUGUGCCACUACCUAAUUCCACAGACCAAACAGAAGCACUGCCCCUAGUUGUCCGCAAAAAUUCAUCUGACCAGUCUGCCUCUGCCCCUCCACCUGGCAGCCACCACACUGCUCUCCAUCAGUCUCCGCUGUCAGCUACCACAGGCUUCACUUCAUCUUCUUUCCGCCACCCAUUUCCACUUCCUCUUAUGGCAUACCCAUUUCAGAAUCCUUUAGGUGCUCCUUCUGCCUCCUUUCCAGGAAAAGACAGAGCUUCCCCUGAAUCCUUAGAUUUAACAAGGGAGACCACAAGUCUGAGGACCAAGAUGUCAUCGCACCAUAUGAACCAUCAUCCUUGUUCACCAGCACACCCACCCAGCAGCGCUGAAAGCCUCUCUAUAUCUCUCAUCAAGUCCGAGUGUGGUGACCUACAAGAUAUUUCAGAAAUCUCACCUUACUCGGGGAGUGCAAUCUACAUGCAGGAAGGGUUAUCGCCUAAUCACUUGAAAAAGGCCAAGCUCAUGUUCUUUUAUACUCGGUACCCAAGUUCCAAUAUGCUGAAAACGUACUUCUCAGAUGUAAAGUUCAACAGAUGCAUUACCUCUCAGCUCAUCAAGUGGUUUAGCAAUUUCCGUGAGUUCUACUACAUUCAGAUGGAGAAGUAUGCACGCCAAGCCAUCAACGAUGGGGUAACAAGCACUGAAGAGCUAUCUAUAACUAGAGACUGUGAGCUGUACAGAGCCCUCAACAUGCACUACAAUAAAGCUAAUGACUUUGAGGUUCCAGAGAGAUUCCUGGAAGUGGCUCAGAUCACAUUACGAGAGUUUUUCAAUGCCAUUAUCGCAGGCAAAGAUGUUGAUCCUUCCUGGAAGAAGGCCAUAUACAAGGUCAUCUGUAAGCUGGACAGUGAAGUUCCUGAGAUUUUCAAAUCCCCAAACUGCCUCCAAGAGCUCCUCCAUGAGUAGAGAUUUCAACCACUAUUUAUGAAUGUAUAAAAAAGUAGCAGAUCCCCUCCUUUUGAUGCCCAAGUUGUGUGUGUGCUUGCGUGUCUAUAUUGAUUUCAUAUACAUAUAUGUUAUGUCCAAUAUGUGUAUAUGAAAUCAGAUGAGAAUCUCUUAAGAGUUUUUUUUACUGAGGUCAUUUAACAUGAGGACAAUUACUCUAACUCCAGCCUUCCUUUCACUUUCGCCCAGAACUUUUAACACUUGGAAGAAAGGAGAUGUUUUUUUUCCAGGGAGAAGAAUGUUUUGAAGUGAGUUUAAGCCUGCUUUAACAAAUUUAGGGCAUUUAUUUUCAUUUUCUUUUUUUACAAUGCUGAUGAAUCACUACAAGACAGCAUUUUGUUUUAGAAAGACAAGUGUUGCAGUGCAGUUUCGCAGGCAACAUUGUCACCUCGUUAAUAGUAAGAUCUUUGGCGGCUGGAAAGUUUAGACUUUCCUAAAUUUUAUCUUAACUUUAAUUAUUUUUAUCCUUUAGAUUACUAGGGAUUCGUUAUACACAGAACAUCACAAUCAGGGUCCACACCAUAGCCCUCAAGAUUUUCUCUUGCAAAAACAAAAUAUGCCCUAAAUUUUUCCCAUCAUCCUUAGGUAGUGCCAAGAAAAUGUGCAGCCUUUCCCACAGUGGUUCCUUAGGGUUCUCCCCCAACCCAAUCUGGAAAAUGGAGGGACAGUAGGGAGGGUUCCUGGGAAGAUCUGGAAGUUUGAAUGGAUUACAAAUCAUGUCCAGAGGGGUUUGGAUUUAAUGAAUCAAAACAAAUUGGGGGAUGGAAGCUUAAAACCCUAAGCUUAAAAAAAGCUUUAAAAGAGUUUUCCCCAUCACUACUUAGCCUGCCUUUUUUUCGCUUUAAAGCAAAGCUAUACUGCACAAACUAGAAUAAAAGGCAAAAGGGGAGGGAGUGUCGAAGCAAGUACAUACAUAUUGUAUCAAUGAUUUUAAAUUUCAUAAUCCAGUCAGCCUGUUUAAAAUACAGUAGCAUUUCUCUCUCUGCAGAGUAAAAACCGAUGACAUGAUUUAGCUACAGUUACACAUUUUGAUUUGCAUUAAUUUCACUGGGAAAGUUUAGCAGAUGGUGAAACUCACCUUUUGAAAUGAAUGAGCUGAUAAUGCUGCAAACCUAUGCACACUUAUUUGACAGUAAGUCCCUUUGUAUGAGUAGACACAGAUAGGAUCACAUGGCUUAAUGCUUAAUUUUGAAGUGGGCUUGGCCAUUUUAAAUAGCGUUGUAGUCAAAAUGUAUUCCUCUUCUCCCUGAACACCUUGAUAUUUGAUGUUUCAUAUUUGAAAAACAAUGUUUUUUAUUAGCCUUUUGUUUUAUCCCAGAAUUGCUGAGGCAAAAAAGAAAAAAGUGCAAGGCAUCUCGAAGCAAAAAUAAUCUUUUUGUAUACUGGAAUAGGGACAUUUUCAUAGAAAAAUAUUACUUAAAGAAAUAAGCCACAAUGUAUAAAGGGCACAAUCUAGAGAAAAAUGGCAUACAUACGAAUCACUGAAACACAUGGAACUUAAACAGUUAACUUUGAUUUCUUACUGUGAUUUAAGUAGGCUUAAUUUGAUCUGGAUUGUGCCUGUAAAUCAUACAGAAACUUUAUACUUCUGCCCUGUUGGCUAGGAAAGCAGAAGUUUGCCACAUUUAUUGUUUCCUCAAAUAUAAGUGAAGCAUUAACAAUGAACUGAACUGAUCAAAACAACUUAUCUUCUAUGACAAAAGCUAGUGACAGCAUGAGUAUAGGGUAUGGGGUUCAUCUCAGUUUUCUGUUAUUUCCACUCAAAAUCACUUCUUUGUGAUCACUUUCUGGUAAAAAGCCACAUGGAUCAAUUUGCAUCCUGAUCAUGGACUGAUGCAACUUCAAAAGGCCUCAGGGCCCAACUAGAUAGGAUGCCACAUGUACAUCUGCAUCUGAAAACAGCAGCUAUAUGUCCCGUUUCACGCCUUUUCAUGAAGCUAGUGACUGAACUUGUUCCUCACUAGCAGCUGUGGGGCAAGGAAAGCACAGGCAGGAUGUCCAGGCACGUUAAGUUCAACUAGAUGUAACUUAAGACUCAGGAAGGACACUUGUAUUUUCACUAGUGCAUCUCUUGGCUCAUCAACUAGUUUGGCCUUGCUUUGGGACAUAUUUACUCAAAUAGGCUGCAUUUUGAAGCAAUCCAAGAUUAUAUCUAUGUGGAUUGUCUCCACAAAGUGAUCCAAAAACUUUCACAAUGAAAAAUAGUAAUAAUCUUGUAUAAAUCUUGCUGAAGAGAGGAACACAAUAAUCAGCUUAAUUAAAAACGAAUAAGCUCUUUGCUAGUUGUUGUACUUUCAUUAAUUAUCUUUUCAUUUUGACAUUUUUGCAAAGGUGUAGUGUCCAGUAGUUUUUUUUUCUUAUAUGUUAUGACACUGUGUAUUUGUUGUUUUCUCUGUUGUCUUUUGUACAGAUGCAGUAAGAAUUUAUUGUUAUCUGAGAUAGCAUUUUCCAUUUCCCACUUACUCCCAGGCAAUUUGAUACAGAUUUGAAACAAGGAAUCUAUUUUACAGUUUAGUGAAUAAUUCUCUUUAGCACGCCCCCUCCCUUUUUUCCUCUUCUUGAAUUUGAUUUUUUUUAAAAUAAAAAUUGUAUUUUGACUUUGGAGAGUGAAAUUUUACCCCAUGUGACAUUUUUUUAAAAGCUGACCUGUUUGUUGCAAUGAUGCUUCCUUUACAAAUAUUGCUUGAAUGACAGAAAUGAAUGAAACAAUUAUUGUCAGUGGUAAACCUUUAUCUGCUCAUUAUAAAAAACUUACCUAGGACACCCAGGCUGCAGUCCAAGGAUGCUAUUUUGCAUGUAGAAACAGAAUUUCUACUUGCAGAUCAGUGAUUUUCCUGGCAAAAGAGCCUUGUGCAAGCAAGGAAGCAAAAUACAUUCAGAUAACAUACACUAUAUAGACAAACCUAAGGGGCAUAAGCUGUUGAAGCUGUUGUUCUUCUUCUUUUACACAUAGAUCUCUGGAUUGCAGACCCUGACAUUAUUUUCAAGCACUAGUUGAAUCUAUACACAUGGAAAGAAGGGCCACUAUUCUCACUGUGCAUUACAAUCAAAGCAAGCCUUGCUACUCCUAACCUUCCUCCCAAGUACAAUUUUUUUAUCCAUACAUAAAUGCCACUCUUUUGUUUUGUGCGUAUUGUGCAAAUCUUAAGGGCAUUUCCAGAUACAGAUCUUUGCUGAUGAUCAGUGUGUUGAAUCACCUCUGAUCCACUUGUUUAAGGUGCUUGUCCCUAUUCCAUCUGAUUCAGACGCACUAGCGGAAUUAUUAUGGGAACUGCUGUCAAGCAAAAACAAAGAUGGUAACUCUAAACCUCUGCACUACCAAAUACUUUUCAUUUAAGUACUUUGUGUUGUGCUUCAUGUUCCACACAACAGUUGGUACCUGAUAGCAACUUUUAAUUAUGUAGUGCAGUUCCAACUGGAAGAUGAUAGAAAAUCAUCUUGCACUCUUCUUCCCACGAUGGGCGAACAUUCCAGUUCUAGUAUAAGGGACAGUACACCAGCUAUUUCUGCUGAAACUUUUUUGGAAAUGUACAGGAGGUACUGAAGAGCUCUGGCAUGUUUCCCCCAUGAUCUUCCGCACAUUACAAUUUCCCAUUGGGUUGUAUUCAUCAUGAUUAACAACAGUCAAUUUGAAAUAGACAUCAGUGGUUGCCCCUUACAUACAGACUUUGACAUUUCAUGAAUAGACAUUUAACACAGAGGCUAAAGCCAUAUACUUCUCUGACCUUUUAAUCUGCUUUUUAUUCUUAAUAUUCUUUUGCUAUUAUUAUUGACUGAGAUGUGAUUAGUGAAGAGUAGGCCUUAUGUCAUUUAUUUAUUUAUACAUUAACUACUAGCAAAUGAUGCAUAGGAAUGUUAAAAUAGGAUUAAAAAAAAUACUGAUCUGAAAUGUGCUUAUAUAUAUAAGCAAACAAAGGAAACUUGACUCUUGAAGCUUAUACCCUAGAAAUCUUGUUGGUCUUUAAAUUGAUACUGGACUUGAAUCUAACAAUUUGACUGGUUCUUUUAUGAUAAUCUCAUCGCAUUAUAUAGCCAUAUUGCCUUUGUGCCUCUCAAGGCAAAAAAAUAAAAGAUAAAGCAAUGAUCUUUGCUAUAUUUUGUUCAGGCUUCACUGUUAUCCCAAAUCAUCUCAUUAAUAUUUAAUAUUUUAAAGACUUUCUCCCCCUAAUCUGUAGACGCAAAUUGACACAGUGCUUUCUGCAGAGGAAGUUACAGUGAGCUACACCCAAGCACUUGCCAUGUUUGUCCACCUCUGCUGCCAAAUUUGCCUUGACUUUCUGAGAAAGGUGGACUCUAAAUAACAUAAAUAAAGUAUCAGUAAUGUAGUCAGUAACCCCUUGGAAUGCUUUCCUUGCAGUAAGGCCCAUUGAAUACAGUGGGACUUACUUCAGAGUAGAUCUGCUUAGAAUUGCUUCCAUAGAGUUAUGAUUGAUUGAUUGGAUUUUGAUUUUAUUAAAUUUCUAGCCUGCUCUACCUGCAAGUGAGCUCAGAGCGGAUAAAAACAGAAGUCCAUAUACAAUAUAGUUAGCAGCGAUAUGCCCGAAAUAAUGGUGUUAGGCAAGUCAGCUGUAUAGGAUAAAUAGUAGUUUCAUCUCACACAGAAUUCUGGGAACAGUAUAUUGCAUAUUAAGGGGGGGAGCAUCAGUAGCAGACAAUUCUCAGCACCCGUAUCUAAUUAAAACAGGGAAGAAAUAGGACCCUCAAACCACUAUGAAACGUAGUAUAGAUAUGUUUAUCAUCUUCACUAAAUUCUCCAUUGUAGCAGCUUUGACGGUGCUGUAGCUGGUGGUGACCAUUGGUUAGAGCAGCACUGACCCUGCCAGACCUUCCUACCUAGCUUGUACUUCCAGCAUGCUACUGCAAGUGUGAAGGAGUGCACGUUCAGCAAAUAUGACACCCCUCCCUUCUACACACUUAUUAGCCAGUAAAGGUAUUCAUAGAAUUGGGUAUUGAAAGGCAGAUAGCUACUUUUGAUGUAGUAAAGCCAAGUUUACAUAGGUGAGUUUAAAAACUGUUCCAAUCCCACAUUUGUUUCCCUCUAAUUAAAAUAUUUCGUUUUUCUGCAUAGAAACUUGAGGUUAUAGUGUGUGCCUAGACCUUAAAGUCACCAGCGGAAGGAUUAGGGAACAAAUCCUUCAAAUUACCAGUGUCCCCCCCCCCUUAAACAAACACACAAGUACAAUUGUUCUUGUGCCUUCUGUGGCUUACGAUUUUCAUCUUUUUGAACUUCUCCCCUCCAAUUGCUACAGCUGCAAUAAACACUAGGUUCUUCCCCCCCUUUUCCCCAGCUGUUUGACAUAAUGUUGAUAGCUAUGCAUAUUUUGUGUCUUUUUAAAGAAAAUUUAAAAAAAAAAACAAAAGCAGGAGAAUACGUUUUUGAAGAAGAGAAUUUUUAGAACAGUUUGAUAAUGCAAAUUAUUUUUUCUUGGUCAUUUGAGCAGCAUUCAAUUUUGAAAAUUUUCUUGUAGAAGCCAAUUUUUUGUAACAGUGGUGCAGAUCUUGUGUUUUCUUAGCCUAAUAAAAAGUAGUAUAGGAGCAAUAUUUCAUACGUAUUAUAUAGAUGUGUAUACAUAUACAUACAUAUAUACCCACAUAUAUACAUGAUAAUAUAUAUAUAUAUAUGUAUAUAUGCUUAUACACACACAAUAUGCGUGUGAAGUGAAAAGCUUACUUUUUUCCAAUGUAGAUUAAGAACCUAUUUUAGACAUUUGUUAUGUUUUGUGAGAAGAAUGUCUAUUUGAAACUAUGAAACAUUUAAUUCUUACUGUAUCUCUGGUUGUGUAAUGGGAACGCUUCACAUUAAAUGGUUUUUUUAAAAAGUGAAAGAUAUUAGAAUGUAGUCAUUAUUUAAAGAAGUUGUCGCCCAUAUAUUCCUGAGGUUUGCUUCGUGCCUCUGAGUAUUAUUUAAUUUAAAGUGUUUUAAGUUUGCAGAAUUGUUGUUACUGUAACAGGUAUGUGGGUGAACAUCUAUGGCUGAGGGGAACUUUUAUAAAGCAAUGUAUAUAUUCAGCUUGAUGGCUCUUGUUGAAUAAAACGCAUAUGAUUUUAAUAACUGCAUUCUGAGAACGCCUAUUAAAUUUAUAAGACACGCUGCAGUAACUGUACAGAUAGUUGAAAGCAUUCUUUUAAAAUCUCAGAUCAAUACUUUUAAAAGUUAAGUCUCUUUCAUCUCAUGUCCAGGACAUAGGUGAUACAGUUUCUGUAAAAUUACAGAUUUUUUUUUGUCUAUGUGCAUAAAGUAAUUUAUUGGCAAAAGGGUUUCCCCUCACACACACACACACACACAGGUUAAUACUAACUAAAAUUGAAGAUUUUGUGGCUUUAAAUAUAGGACUCUCACCAGCAGAACUGAAAGAUAUAAAUAUAUAAAUAUAUAUAAAUAUAUAUACAUAUAUAUAAGAAGUGGUUUGCAAACUUUCCCCAAAUGAGCAUUGUACAUGAGAAAUAAUUAAAAAAUUGAAAAAAAUUGCCCUUUAUUUGUCAUGUGUAUUAUAUAGUAAUUAUUGAUGUUAUAGUGCAAAGAUUUCUUUUGGGUAUCUAUACUGUGUUGGAAAUUUUAAUAAGCAUUGUUUUCAAAAAGCUCCCCUUAAAGAAUGUAACUGGUUUAUGAGUAAGCAGUUACUGUAUUGCACUUAAAUGUUCUUUUGAAGAAAAUGUAAUUUUUCUUUCUGUAGAACCGUUGGUUGUAAAAGCAUAGAAAAUGCUCAUAUUUUGAGCUGGGAUGAAACCUAGUGUUUAACCUUUGUGUCUUUAUAGGAAAAGUAUACAUGGUAACUUCUGCCUUUCUUAUCAUCUGAGCCAGAAUUAUUUUCUCUAUUCAGCUAACUACCUUAAAAAUAUUAAAAUAUACAAGAAAGGUAGAGGCAAAUCUGGAUGAGAAGUCAAGUUUAAAUUUCAACCCAAAUCCCUCCCAUGUGAACUUUCUUAUGGCAUUAAUAUAAUACUUCAGUUGUGUGGUUUUGUGAUUUUUCUGGAAAAAAUAUUUUAGCGAGUUAAGUGUUUCUACCAUAUAAUCUGAACUCAAGAGUCAAAUAUAUUUAUUUAACUGGAAGAGUCAAAGGUUAAGGCAUACACUGAUAUUGUCCCAGCUACCACUCAUAUGUACAUACUUACAAAAGUGACAAAACACUGCCUUUAUAUUAUUUAGCAAUAUGUUGUAAAUAGCGUUAUUAAACUUUUUUAAAAACUAAAGACCCUUUAAUUUGAAAUUAGGACAAUAACAGAAUUGAAGUCAAUUUUUGAUUUUUUUUUUAUUUUUUAGCUAGAGGCAAUGUCAACUGUGGAUUUUUUUUGUUGUUGUCUAUUGUUCUGAAGACUUUGCAUAAUUUAUUGGUUUAAUUUAUCCUAAUUUAUUUGAUGGUGUACAAUUUUGUAUUGCCAAGGACGUACUGUAAUAUUAAUUGAUGAUGUGAUAAAAUAUGAAGACGGCCCUGUCUGUAUGGAGGGAAAAAAGGUGCAGCAGACAAUUGAUUGAAAAAAGUUACAAUUCUAGCUUGGCAGCUACUAAAUUGAAAAGAAAUCAGGAAAAAUGGUUUGGGGGGGGGAGGGAAUCUUAUUUUGUGUGUUUUAAGCUUUUGUAUACUCUCCAGACCUUUACCUUUAUUGCUUUGUACCACUUAAAGGAUACAGUAGUUCAAUUGCCUUGUGUGCCUUCCAUCUUCUCUAAACUGAAUGUAUGUGCAGUAUAUAUGCAAGCUUGUGCAAAA